AUGGUUUCUGCGACAUUUGCCCGACUUGAAGAGCGUUCAGAGUGGACAGCGAAGAGUCGAACCGCAUCCCGCCGCCACACUAGAGCCAGGAGUCGCGGGUUAUCAUGUUUACCAUGCUUCUCACGCCUCUCAAGCAUGAGGUAUGAUGUGAGCACAUUGAACAACUUCAACAUCGUCGGGUCGCUGGGCCUCGGAUGCGCCUACUGCUCGUUAGCGUACGAAGCCAAUGAAGCGCGAGAAGGAUCUGGCGGCUCACUCUUCCCUUCCCUUUUCACGCAUGCAUGCAGGUAUGCAGAGCGGCGGCGCUUAGGCUGGGGUGAGAAGCGGUGGUGGAUGCUUCGAGCUGUCGAGACGCUGCUUACAAUCCUUUGCUUCUCAAGCGUCGGCUGGCCGCAUGAGAUGGCCGCAGCAAAUAGUCUGCAGUACUUCCCGCAGAGAGGCUGGAUGAAAGCAGGCCGGCGCUGUGCUGGCGCCUUAGAACAAGCGCGCUCAUGCUUGGCCUAUCAAAAACUGACCAGGACGCCUUGGGGGGUUAUCGAGCAGAGGUCAGUCAAUCAGAAGGACGGCGGGAGCGUUAUCAAGGCUGCUUCGUACGGCGUCUGUUCCCGUCAUGAGGCCGGCGGCUGUUGCUACGGUUCCAUCGCGGGGCAGGUUUGGCACCGAUGGCACACGCAAAACCACGCGAACGUCGUUGCCGACGACCAAAGCGGCCUAGCAGAAGCGCCCGGAGAUCUUCCCCUUGAACCACAAGACCUUGGAUGUUAUGCGGUAGCCGUACUCUAA